UAAACAGGCCCUGGUUCUCCCCUGUUAAACAUUCUCUGGGCCGAGUGCUAACAUUAGGCCUCCUAUCAUAGGCACUCUUGCAUUAAAUCCGUUUGUUAUUACGUCGUGCUAGAGUUCCAAGAAGAAUAUUGGUUGUCAGUGUGGCCCAAAGUUGUUACAUUUUGGGAUUAGGUCUAGGAAGGUAGUGGGGCGACGGAGUUUGUUGUUUUUUGCUAGUUUAAGAAGUUUGCGUGGAGACAUUUGGCUAGUUAACUGAUGACGUUUGACUGAUCUACAGGAAUGAAAUUAAGGUUGCUUUAUCCAAGUGGCCUUUCACUGACAAUGAUUGUAAUGUCAAUCAGCCAAGUAAUGUCAGAUGAACUUGUACCACCACAAGAUGUUCAUGUGGAUUCAGCGCUACGUUGGAGACGAGGCAAUGAGCACCUACAUCAUGUCAAGUACACAGCUAUGUACCUUAUCGAGGACUGGCAAGAAGUACCAGGCUGUGUGCAGACAGAGCUCACGUUCUGCAAUAUCUCCUCAGUUUUGAAGUUGAAUGACUGUGUGAUGCUGCGUGUCUAUGCAUUGGAUGGAUGGAGAAAGUCUGCUGCAGUCCAGGCCUACAGCUAUGACAACCCCUGCAGCCCAGUGUUUACACUAGCCCCCCGUCCAGGUUCCCUAACAGUCUACAUGUGGAACAACAGCUUGUUCUACAAAUAUGCUGACAAUGCCGGGUAUUUGAUCAGCUACAGCAGAGAUGGCCAUGCACCACAGGAGACAGUCACACAGUCAUCCUUGAUAAUAGAGGAUCUGGAUGUAGAGGAGCGCUAUUGUGUGGAGGUCCAGUACACUUUAUACCUACAGCCAUAUGGAUACCCAAGCCAGCCACAGUGUGUGGUCAUCCCAACAUCAGAAAAAGACGGAAGAAACAUGGUUGUUGGUCUCUCCGUACCAUUUGUAUUCCUAUCAGCCGGUGUAAUAGUAGGAAUUGCAUUUGUUGUCGUCAAGAAUUAUGAGAAGAUGAAACGGUGUCUUCAGCCCCCUGUAAGGAUGCCACUGCACUUAAAAGAGUUCCUAAAGGGGCCAUGUUCCCUUCCGCCCCAGACUGUUAGUCACAGAGAGGACUGCUUUGAUCAUAUCUCUAUCAUCUCCCCUCAAGAUGAUGAGUUAGAGGAGUCAAGCCUGCCUUCACAUGUCCUGCUCUCAAGUGAAAAUCUGGGAAAAGAUGCAUAAGGAGGCAGAGGACUCCAGACCGAUACCAAGUAGUCUCAUCGGAAAUCCUAACCCUAUCCUAUGCUACCCAUAAAAAACCUUCAAAUCAUCUUAGAAAAUUACUGCCUGAAAUAGCUUUCGAUUAGAUUUGUUUUAUGCAUUAGGCUAAAUGUAGAAAAUAUACUUUAUUGGACCGAAGCCAUUAUGCUACAUUAUCCUAAAGAAGUGCUGCACUCUCCACCAGUCUUAGCUUUUUCAGAAAUUCUGGUUGAGACAUGAUGCAAUGUUGCUAAGUGACAGAAUUUCCUGUCUAACAUUGAAUACCAGUCAACAUAUAAGCAAUGGAGAUUGCACCCAUUUCUUGAUAUUUAGAAUCAAAUUUAGCAUGUUGGUGAUAUCAUUAGUGCAAAUACAAAGAUCUCUCACCAGUCACACACCAGUGUGUGUACAAAACAUAAUAAUGAUAAUAAAUAACUAGGGCUGUGAAAUGAUUAAACAUUUUAAUCAAAUUAAUCAAAGGUUUCUGUGGAUUAAUCAUGAUUAAUUACAUAUUACAGAUAUUCCGAAUUUUUGUCAUUAGUGUGCUGCCCUGAUUUUGCGGUACCUUGAUGCUCGAGUCACCCGUUGCCACUCGCAAAACCUUUGUGAACCCCUCGUCCUCAACAAUACCAAUCGGUCUACAGCUUUUUGGAAUACAUUUGGCCACUGUGCUAGUCACCUUGUCACAGGCAGACUUAGUGAGGGCCCUACGCUGUUCAGUGAAGGUGGUUUGGCGCAACUCCCCUCGCCGACCAACCCAUGCUUCGCGUUGAGGUGGUAUAGGUUACUUUAGGCUGGUAUUGCUUCGGUGAAACGAUAACAUUCAGUCAUUUAGCAUUCAGUCAUUUAGCAGACGCUCUUAUCCAGAGCGAUAACGUCUUCCCGCAGAGUGUGCAUAUCACUUUGGUUUUAUUGGAUGUUGCACCUUAGUUUUUUUGGAACACGAACUUCUCAUCCAGAAGUUGCAGAUUGGGUGGAAUUGUGGGUAUAUUUCGUUAAAUGCGUUAAACAAAAAUAACGAAUUAAUCCUGUAAUUUAAUCAUAACGCGUUAACGCGUUAUUUUUCACAGCCCUAUAAAUAACAUAAACUCUAAAUCCCUCUCUUGGUAGGGUUAUAAUCAAUCUAGCUUACUUUGAAACACAAUGCCAGGAAAGAGGUUAGGUGUUGCACAUCUGGAGCGCUAAUGAAGUUCUGCAAUGCUAUUUUUGUGUAAAUUCAACUGCAAAUGUCACAUGAAAUCUUAUGUGUUGUGGAAAUGUAAAUUGAUGUUGCACCAAUGUACUUCUAUGGAGUAAGACAGUUUAACAUAAUUGCAUAUAUAGAACUGUAUUGCAUGUUGCUGACUUGUGGAAUUGAAACUUUCAUGGUACAGUUGAUGCAAAUUUGUUUUCUAACUAUCAAUAUUAUUUUUGUCAUAGAAAUAGCUUUUUAAUCUUUAAUCCAAAUUUCUGUUCACUUUUGUAUCUUUAUAUGCAGUAAAUGAUUUAAUAUGUAAUGACAUGUAAUGAUAAAUUAAUGUUAGUGAUAUCUAUUGUAAUUAUUAGUAUGUAGUUCUUACUAUUAUGCGUAUCUCCCUAAAGUGCUCAAUAACUCUAUCUCCUGAGUAAA